AUGAUUUCCAUCAUCCCGGCCCCUCUUGCUGGCCGCGUGGCUAUCAUUACCGGAGCAUCUUGGGGGAUAGGAGCAGCAGUGGCGAUCGACUUUGCACGGAGGGGUUGCUCGCAUAUUGCCAUCACAUAUUUGGGUAAUAUUGACGCAGCGAAGAAAGUGCUCUCAUCCAUCAACGAGAUAUGCCCGGAUAUCAAAACAGCCCUUAUCAGAGCAGACGUCACCUCGGAAAUGUUCGGACAGGACGCCGUCAAGGCGGCUCUCAGCUCUCUUUCCGUGAACCACAUUGAUAUAGUGGUGUCCAAUGCUGCUCUGUCGGACAUGAAUAUACCGCAGAACAUGGAGACGCAUACCAAGGAUGCGUCCGACCGGUUCAUGACCGCGAAUGUGUGGAGUCCGUUUCAAUUAUCGCUCGCUGCCAUUCCAUAUAUGACAAAAGGAGAAAGGAUCAUCACAAUCUCCAGCGUAGCCAGCAAGCGUCCAAAUGUGAGUUUACCCUUAACCAGCCAUUUCGGUUCCUGGUGUUUCGGCUUCAAACUGACUGGUGUCCUCGGCUUCAUGAUUCUAGGUCAACCCCAUGGUGAUCUUGGGCGCGACAAGGCGGCAUCGGACUCCAUCACACGAGUCCUUGCGGCAGCCUAUCUACACCAAACGGGGAUUACGAUCAACAGCGUCGCAGUGGGUCCAACAAACACUGACGCUUUGCGUACGGGUAUGGCAAAAUUACCUAAGGAAUGGACAGAAGCGUUGUAUGCAAGAGCAACGGCCGAAAGACGCAUUACCGAGGUGCAUGAUGUUACUGAUGUUGUGAGUUGGUUGGCGGGACCGGACAGCAAAUUGGUGAAUGGCAACUUCGUGCCUUGUAGUGGAGGCAGUAUGCUGGAGCUACAAGGGUGA